GUAAAAAAGAAAAAAAAAACCUGUCAUCUUUUCCUUACCCACUAAUAUACCUUGGUUUUCCCCCCUUUUUGACACUUCUUCUCUGAAACCCUAAAUCAGUAAAUUUUCCCAGUUUCAGCGACGAUCCAGUGAAUGGAUUGCCCUUCUGGUUCCUGAUCCACGUCUGAUAAAAGAGGAAAAUAGGUCAUGAUGAUGUUAAUCUUUAGCUGGGGUGACACCAAACCUGACUCUCUGCUUCUUCUUGCGGUAUAGAGUCUUAUAUCGGGCUUGGUCUCUGGAACUGGAUGAAAGGGGAGGCUGAAUGUUUCAUAUGCCACAACUAUUAAAAAUUGAUUCCUAGGAGUUGUUUUUUGAUGCAGAAUCUUACCAAUCAGUCUGCAUAGUUAUAAAAAGUAGUUGGUCAGCGACAUGUAUGCCAAGCUAGUGCUUUGAGGAUUUUAAUUCCUAUCACAGAGGAAAUGAGACUACACUAUUUUAUAUUAAUUGGUCUAUUUGUAUUGGUCCUGGGUGGCUACAUCAGUGCAGAUUCUGAAAAUGAAUCUUUACAAAAAGUAAUAACUGCUCCACUCAGAAAUUCUGGAAGUAAUGUAAUAGACGGUUCUGGAACAAAGUAUGAUUUUUCAUCUGGAAAUGGUGAUCCGAGGCGCGGGAACAACAGAGUUUCAAUAUCUACCGUUGCUAUUUUCACACUUGCCAUGGCUGCUGCUACUGGAUUGGGUGCUGUACCGUUCUUCUUUGUUGACCUUGAUUCACAGUGGUCUGGAAUAUGCAAUGGAAUGGCUGCUGGAGUAAUGCUAGCUGCAAGUUUUGACCUUAUACGAGAAGGACAAGACCAUGGGAGUGGAAGUUGGGUUGUGUUUGGGAUUUUGACCGGCGGAAUUUUCAUUUCACUUUGUAAAAAGUUUCUUGAUCAUUAUGGUGAAGUUAGCAUGUUGGACAUAAAGGGAGCAGAUGCAGCAAAAGCUGUGCUUGUUGUUGGUAUUAUGACUCUUCAUUCAUUCGGUGAAGGUGCUGGUGUUGGAGUAUCCUUUGCUGGCUCCAAAGGUCUAUCUCAGGGCUUACUGGUAACUUUGGCCAUUGCCGUGCAUAACAUUCCAGAGGGCUUGGCAGUGAGCAUGGUUCUUGCGUCUAAAGGAGUUUCUCCACAUAAGGCAAUGUUAUGGAGCAUAAUAACUUCGUUGCCACAGCCUAUAGUAGCAGUGCCAUCAUUUGUGUGUGCCGAUGCCUUCAACAAGUUCCUCCCCUUUGCUACUGGCUUUGCGGCUGGGUGCAUGAUUUGGAUGGUUAUGGCAGAGGUCCUUCCUGACGGCUUCAAGGAAGCUUCUCCAUCUCAUGUUGCAUCUGCUGCUACACUCUCAGUAGCAUUUAUGGAAGGUUUAAGCACUGUAUUCCAACACUUUGACCACAAUUUUAAUUCAGAGGACACGUCCGGUUUCCUGAUCUCUCUACUUUUUGGUCUGGGCCCGCUUCUCGGGGGAGUUUCUCUUGUUGCAUUUGCUCUUGCAUUUCACCUCCAGCACGCCCUCCUAACCAGUGUAUCAUCAGGGAUUGCCUUUGUCCUUGGUGUCUGGAGGCCAUUGCAACUCCUCUUUUCUUCAAAAAUGGAGUUUUCAUCGCUAAUCGCCCUCUUGAUGACCGGAUUUGCAUUUUCCCAUUUUUCAACUUCAAGUGUUAUAAAACUUGGAGGACACAAAAGGACUUCUGCAAACUCAUUAUCCGCCGUAACAGGCUUACCUUUAAGCACCCUUACCCUCCAGUCCUUCCUUUGCUGUCUGGCUGUUGCCCUCCACGCCCUUGCCGAGGGACUUGCCCUAGGGGUGGCUGCCCCCAAAGCAUAUGGCCUCGGAAGGCACAUGGUCCUACCCGUCUCCCUCCACGGCCUCCCUAGGGGCGCCGCUGUGGCGAGUUGCAUCUUUGGGGCCACCGACAGCUGGCACGGGUCCCUCUUAGCUGCCGGGCUAAUCGGGUUCGUGGGUCCCUCGUCGGCGAUAGGGGCCAUACUCGCCGGCAUCGACUACAGCGGCCUCGACCACAUCAUGAUGCUUACGUGUGGGGCCCUGCUCCCGUGUUUUUGGAGCAUUGUCAGGAGAGCAGUCAGGCUGGACAAGCAGAAGGCUGUCGUCGGGUUUGUAAUCGGAAGCUUCUUCGCGAGUGUUUGCUUAACUUUCACAAAGUUGGUUUGCUUCCACACUCCUUACUGCAACUCUGCCCCAGAGGCUGUGAGAUGAUCGAACUCUGUCCAGAUAAACACAUCCCAUAACAUCUGUUGUACAUCAUCACAUAUCAAUACACUGACUUUAUUAUUGGAUUUUUUUUAAUACCCAUAACUUCAUGGAAAAUAUAUUAAUCAAAUUAUGUGUAUAUGUAAAGUGCAAUCUUAUUAUACUAAGACUCUGUUAUUUGCGUAUAAAGAUAUAUUGUUCAU